CAUCUUUGACGGCCGGGACUCCAGCAUCGGUUAGCGGCCCCGGGAGUAGGUGGGUAGGCGGGCGCCGACUGCGGUCCCGCGGCCUUGCCUGUCUUCCCAGGACCCACCCCAGACCACGAUGCCUCAGUACCAGACGUGGGAGGAGUUCAGCCGCGCGGCCGAAAAGCUCUACCUCGCUGACCCUAUGAAGGCACGUGUGGUUCUGAAAUAUAGGCAUUCUGAUGGGAGUUUGUGUAUUAAAGUAACAGAUGAUUUAGUUUGUUUGGUAUACAGAACGGACCAAGCUCAAGAUGUGAAGAAGAUUGAGAAAUUCCACAGUCAACUAAUGCGACUCAUGGUAGCCAAGGAAUCCCGCAGUGUUGCCAUGGAAACGGACUAAAUGGUUUGAAAUGAAGACUGUCGUGUUCUUUGGAAGUAAACAUCUUGGAUUUGAGAAAGUGUUGGGGCAGAAAACACUUUAUGUAAUAACUAAAUGUGGGCUAUUCAAAGACAAGAGAGCAUUUUUUGUACUUUUUUUUUUAGUGUUUAUUUGAGAGCGCUAUGAAGGUAAAUACUUUCAAUUAGAAAGCCUUUAUUUAUUUUUGGAAAUUGAACAAGAAAUGCAUCUAUCUUAGAAACUUUUUGCAGAUUAUUUGAUGUUGGGCAACAUAUAUAAUUAUUUCCCUGGUAAAUUUGUAUGACUAAUUUUAAAAUGAAAUAUCAAGAAAAGCAAGUUCUUCCUUACACUUAGUUCUUCUGUCUUUAAAAGAGAAUUAAAUGUAGCCUUUUUGCUGGAUCAUUAUAUUUCUUUUGGAGCAGUUUGUGCUGUUGAUGACCAAUAGAUAUAAAAUACAGUAACUGGAAUUAACUAUACACAAUAGUAUACCCGAUUAUGUAGUGUAUUUCAGUUAUAUCUAGAACUAAUCUUAAGAUAUAUGCUUUAACCUUAAUCUUUCCAUAUUGAAACUAUUAUUUUUGAAUGUAAGGGAUUUGAGUAUCAUCAUCAGCUUAUUAAGCUGUGACUUUGAAUCCUGUUUUCAGUAAUCGAAAGCAGCAGCAGUUGUUGGAAUGCAUGGAUAGAAUGAGAAUCACUAUAAUGGACUGAAACCACCAUGUUACCGAAGUAUUUACUACAUAUUUCCCAUCUAUAGUUUCUCAGAAGGGCUAAGGAUUAUUCGAACUGUUGAAUCUUUGCAUACCUCUGUGACACCUCUACCCAUUUUCUCUCCUCACUUAACCAAAGUGUUGAGCAUGACUGUCACAACUGUUAUGUUCUCCAGUAAACCAGAAGUCCAAUAUUAUUUGAUGUUUACCUUAUAUCUAUAACCUGGUGUUACCACCUAAAUGUAAUGUUCAUGUGUUGAUUCUUCAAGAGUGAAACAAGGCACUACAUUGAAAUAUUUUUUGUAGAGAUAAUAUUGAUCCACAUUUUAGUAUGGAAAAUUCCAUUGGCCAAAAUGAAUUUUGGCAUGUUUCGGCGAGGUUGGUAAAUAAAAUAUUAUAUAAGUACA